AUGUCCCCUGCGAGGGGACACCACAGCCAGCCAACCAGCCCCUUGCGAGGGGACACCACAGCCAUUCUCCUGCGCGGGGACACCACAGCCAGCCCCCUGCGAGGAGACACCAAGCCCAAUGCCCGCCCCCUGCGAGGAAGACACACAGCCAGCCCCUGCGAGGAGACACCACAGCCCGCCCCCUGCGAGGGACACCACAGCCAGCCCCUGCCGAGGAGACACCCACAGCCCGCCCCCUGUGAGGGGACACCACAGCACCCCUGUGAGGGGACACCACAAGCCCCCCUGCGAGGAGACACCACAGCCAGCCCGCCCCCCUGCGAGGAGACACCGACAGCCAGCCCGCCCCUGCGAGAGACACCACAGCCAGCCCGCCCCCUGCGAGGAGACACCACAGCCAGCCCCCUGCGAGGAGACACCACAGCCAGCCCCCUGCGCGGGGACAAGACCACAGCCAGCCCCCCCUGGCGAGGGACACCACAGCCAGACCCCCCUGCGAGGGAGACACCACAGCCAGCCCCCUGUGAGGAGAACCACAGGCCAGCCCCCUGCGAGGAGACACCACAGCCAGCCCCCUGCGAGGAACACCACAGCCCGCCCCCUGCGAGGAGACACCACAGCCACCCCCGCGAGGAGACACCACAGCCAGCCCCUGCGCGGGGAACACGCCAGCGCGCCCCCUGCGAGGGGACACCGCCAGCCGCCCCCCUGCGAGGAAGACACCACAGCCAGCCCCGCCCCCUGCAGGGGACACCACAGCCAGCCCCCUGCGAGGAGAACACCACAGCCAGCCCCCUGCCGAGGAGACACCACAAGACAGCCCCCUGCGAGGGGACACCACAGCCCAGCCGCCCCUGCGGGGAGACACCACAGCCAGCCCCCUGCGAGGAGACACCACAAGCCAGCCCGCCCCUGCGAGGAGACACCCACAGCCAGCCCCCUGCGAGGAGACACCACAGCCAGCCGCCUGCGAGGGGACACCACAGCCAGCCCCCUGCGAGGGGACACCACAGCCCGCCCCUUGCGAGGAGACACCACAGCCAGCCCGCUUGCGAGGAGACACCACAGCCAGCCCGCCCCUGCGAGGAGACACCAGCCAGCAACCAGCCCCCUGCGAGGAGACACCACGCGCCAAGCCAGCCCCUGCGAGGAGACACCACAGCCAGCCGCCCUGCGAGGGGCACCACAGCCAGCCCCCUGCGAGGGAGACACCACAGCCAGCCCCCUGCGAGGAGACACACAGCCAGCCCCCUGCGAGCCGGACACCACAGCCACCCCUGCGAGGGAGACACCACACGCCAGCCCCCCUGCGAGGAGGACACCACAGCCAGCCCCCUGCGAGGAGAACACCACAGCCAGCCCCCUGCGAGGAGACACCACAGCACAGCCCACCUGCGAGAGAAAACACGCACAGCCAGCCCACCCCUGCGAGGAGACACCACAGCCCAGCCCCCUGCGAGGGACACCACAGCCAAGCCCUCUGCGAGGGGACAUCCACAAAGCCAGCCCCUGCGAGGAGGACAGCCACAGCCAGCCCCCUGCGAGGAACACCAAGCCAGCCCGCCCCCUGCGAGGAAGACACCACAGCCAGGCCCCUGCGAGAGACAACCACAGCAGCCCGCCCCCUGCGAGGGGACACCACAGCCAGCCCCCUGCGAGGGGACACCACAGCCAGCCCCUUGCGGAGGAGACCACCCACAGCCCAUGCCCCGUUGGAGGGACAAUACGUGA